CUUUUAUAUAACACACAAGCUGGAAGACUUUGUACCCUGAUAAUAUCCAUUUGAACUCCUCCCUCACAAAGAUCAGGAGGAUUUCUCUCUAAUACACACGUAUUACAACAGCAGCGGUGACUGGGAGGAAAAUGAUGCAGGUUAUCGAGAACCUUAAGCAGGCAAUCUCCAGCCUUGACCAUCAGAAGUGUUACAUCCUGGCCCUCUCUUCUGCUGGAAUCGGUGGUCUUUUAUUCUACCUAGCUUUGAGAAGAAAGUCAAAGAGGAUCCCAGUUGGAGAUGGAUGGUGGAGGGUAGGAGAAAAGCCCCUAACAGAGGACAGAACUAUACGGCCAUUUAUUGUGGAGACUUCAGAAGAAAUGAUUGAGGAUCUUUAUCAACGCAUUGACCAGACACGAUACACAGACUGUUUGCAAGAUUGCAGAUUUCAGUAUGGCUUUAACUCCAACUAUCUCAGAAAAGUUGCUUCAUACUGGAGACAUGAGUUUAACUGGGAGAAACAGGUCAAGGUACUCAACAAGUACCCACACUUCAAAACCAACAUAGAGGGUAUAGAUGUGCAUUUCAUUCACGUGAAGCCCGUACAGCAUGUUGGGCAGAAGGUUCUUCCUCUCGUGAUGGUGCAUGGCUGGCCCGGUUCCUUCUAUGAGUUCUACAAGAUCUUGCCCAUGCUCACAGAGAUCAAGGGUGAUGUUGUCUUUGAGGUCAUCUGCCCCUCCAUCCCAGGCUAUGGGUACUCUGAAGCCCCACAUAUUCAGGGAUUUAAUUCCAUGGAUGCUGCCCGUAUUUUCCACAAGCUGAUGGAGAGACUGGAGUUCAGUCAGUAUUACGUACAUGGAGGAGACUGGGGAGCACUAAUCACCAGUAACAUGGCCCAGAUGAAACCUGAGUGCAUUAAGGGCUUGCACCUUAGCAUGAUUUUUGCUAGAGCAGGAAGCACGAUGACUAUCCUGUCUCUCAUCGUCGGCCGUUACCUGCCCUUCCUGGUCGGCUUCACCAGAGAAGACGUGCGUCGCCUCUAUCCUUACAUGGAAAAGAACGUGUAUGAAAUGCUGAGAGAAACUGGUUACAUGCACAUUCAAGCUACCAAACCUGACACUGCAGGCUGUGCAUUGAAUGAUUCUCCAGUUGGCUUGGCUGCCUAUAUCUUGGAGAAAUUUAGCACCUGGACUGAUUUUAAGAACAGGGACCUUGAGGAUGGAGGAUUGGACAGGAAAUUCAGUCUGGAUGAUCUCCUCACCAACGUCAUGAUCUACUGGACCACAGGCUCCAUCAUCCCGUCAAUGCGCUUCUACAAAGAGAACGUGGGCAAAAACUUUCAUCAAAGAGUGGACAGUGUAACAAAAGUUUACGUACCGACCGGACUGGCAGCGUUUCCACAUGAGCUGAUCCAUUGUCCCUGGGUCUGGGCUAGCUCAAGGUUCAGAGAUAUCCGCUCUUACACAUACAUGCCCAGAGGGGGGCACUUCGCAGCCUUCGAGGAACCGAAACUGCUCGCUCAAGACAUAUUUCAAUUUGUGAAGAAAGUAGAAGGCAAUAAGGCUAAAUAAUUCAUGAAUUAGUUUGCCUUUUAGAGCACACCAUACAGUGCUAAAGAUCGGGCAAGGAUAUACCACUGAAAAACUUCUUUAACACUGUUUUAUACAUAGUAUUUGAACAUCUUUACCCUGUAAUCAACCUCCAAUAAUCAACCUGCAAAACACAUUUUUCGUUUGCUGUUUUGUUCAUUCAUUUAAGUGAAAAAAUGACUAAUAAAAACACAUUUACAAAGUUA